AUGGCGUCCAGCACGCUCUAUAAAAACCACGCGCGGGCGCCAGCCAAUCGCCGUCUUCGUCGCCUCUCUCUCCCUUCUUCCUCGCCUCUGCCGGUGGCCCGCCGCCGCCGCGCCCUUCUUCCUCGCCUCCAGCGCCCUGCCGCCGUCAUGCCGCCGCGCACCCGGAGCAGCUCCGACUACCGCGGCGUCCGCGCCUGCCCCUUCGGCGUGUAUUUCGCGGAGAUCUACUUCGAUGAUACACGCCUCAGGCUCGGGACGUUCGAGACCGCCCACGAGGCCACGGGCGCAGAUCUCGGGACAUACGACGCGGCGGCGUGGCGCCUCGGGAGGACACGGGCGCAGAUGAACUUCUCGGACGCGCGGAUGCACCAACAGGCGCAGGAGGACCUCGUGCCUCCCCGCGGCUAG